AUGCCCUACCCCAGAGGAUUUGAGUUCUUUCAUUCCAGUCCCUCUCCUUGCUCCCCAGAGCUCCUGCUGGAAGCACGCUACGGGAUCCCCCAGAAGCAGCGCCGGAGCCGCACGGCAUUCACCGGCUCCCAGCUGGAGGCACUGGAGACAGCCUUUGAGAAAACCCACUACCCCGACGCGGUGACCAGGGAGCGGCUGGCUGUGCUCGUCAACCUGCCCGAGGCCAGGGUCCAGGUGUGGUUCAAAAACCGCCGGGCCAAGUUCCGCAAGGGCCAGCGUCAGCAGCCGGACCUGGGGGAGACGGCGAGCCCCAGGGGGGCAGACAGCGCAGCGGGGCGCUCCCUGCUGGGGCCGAGGCUCCGGCCCGUGGCCGAGGGCAGCCCGCCAGGAGCAGAGCAUCUCCCGGCCUCUGCGAAGAAGGCCCGGGGUGGUGCGGUGCUGCCCUCCCGGUAUCCCCCAGGGGACCCUCAGCCAGUGCCCAGCGGGAUUUGGCCUCUGGAGGGGACGUGGCCAGGGACAGAUCUGAAAAGUGGAGGCCUCGCUGGGCCGAGGAGCAACCUGAGACUGAGCUAUCUGCCGGCAUUCCCCUUUCCGCCCUACUGGCCGGCUGGGUACGGUCCCUGGCCGGAUGGAGUGACCCAAACACCUGCCAGGAGCCAGGCAGGCUGGGGCUGCCCCGUUCCGCACCAGCUCGCCCCACUACCACCCCGCGCCCUGAUCCACCACACCGGGCCCACCCUGACCUGCUUUGAACCCGCAAGCCCCACGUCGGGCUGGGCUGAGACCCAGUUGUGUCGCGUCGCUUGUGUGAACUCCCACCGGGGCAGGAGCCCAGCGGCGAUGGCUGGGUGUGGGGGGGUUUCCUGCCCUGCGAGCUCCGUGCUGACGCAGGAUGGGGAUGGGGGGUUCGUGGGUUUGGCCGAAUAGACUGUCUGUGUGUCUCAAUAAAAUGGGUGCGUCUCAAUAAAAUCCCUUCCCGCAUGGCUUCCAUGGCCUUUCCCCUUGCCUGAAUUCCUCCCUUGCUCGUCUUUAGCCAGCGUCUGGGUUCCAGGCCGCGCCGGCUCGCCCCUGCUCCCCGGGGUGCUGGCAGGGCGGGGCCCAGGGACCGGGGUGCACGCUGGCCCCAGGGGACCUGGGAUGAACAGUUCCAGCCCCCUGCUGCUGGACCAUUUGUGGGCAGCCAGCCAGACUGCGCUGAUGUUUGCUGCCGGGGGGGCCCUGGCCUCAGUGCUCCCCCAAAGAGCCCAG